AUGUGUACUAUACGAAUGAGUUUUGUCAAAGGAUGGGGUGCUGAUUAUCGCCGACAAACUGUAACUAGCACUCCGUGUUGGAUCGAAAUUCAUUUAAACGGACCUCUACAAUGGCUUGAUCGUGUCCUUAGUCAAAUGGGCUCCCCAGAUCAUCCUUGCACAUCUGUCAGUUGA